AUGUCUCUACCUGCGCCCGCCUCUUCGAGCAGGCAGCAGUCUCGAGUCCGCCGGCGGCCAGCCACCCCGACGCUCAGCAAACGUGAUCUCAAUGGCACCGUCGGUCAAGCAUCAUGGAUCAGCAGCGUCGUCAACCUCCUCAACACGAUCGUGGGCGCCGGGGUCCUCGCCAUGCCUCUCGCUCUGUCACACAUGGGUAUCGUGCUGGGAACAAUUGUGAUACUGUGGGCUGGUGCCACCGCCGGGUUUGGCCUCUACCUGCAAACUCGCUGCGCCGCAUAUCUGGAACGAGGCUCCUCGAGUUUUUUUGCCCUGUCUCAAAUCACGUACCCAAACGCCGCGGUCAUCUUUGACGCUGCCAUUGCGGUCAAAUGCUUUGGGGUGGGCGUUAGCUAUCUCAUCAUCAUUGGCGACCUCAUGCCGGGCGUCGUGCGCGGAUUUGCUCGUGAAGAAGACCUGGGCCAGUUCAUGUUCGACCGCCAUUUCUGGGUCACGGCUUUCAUGCUGGUCGUCAUUCCCUUCUCCUUCCUCCGGCGACUCGACUCCUUGAAAUACACUUCUGUUAUCGCUCUGAUAUCCAUUGGUUACCUGGUCAUCCUGGUCGUCUACCACUUUGCCGCACACGACACCUUGCCCAAUGGGCACUACCAGACGCCGCUGAGAGUAUUCACAUGGGCGGGUGCUAUUCCGGCGCUUUCUUCCUUCCCAGUCAUUGUGUUCGCCUACACAUGCCAUCAAAACAUGUUCAGCAUCCUCAACGAGAUCAGCGAUAAUUCCCAUUUCCGCACCAGCGCUGUCGUCUUCGCUUCCAACGGCACCGCUGCCGCCAUCUACAUUUUGGUUGCGAUUACCGGUUACCUGUCUUUUGGAAACGAAAUUGGAGGAAAUAUUGUGGCUCAAUAUGCGCCCUCGGUGUCCACAACGAUCGGUCAAGCUAUGAUAGUCGUGCUCGUCAUGUUCUCCUACCCUCUCCAAGUCCACCCCUGUCGAGCCAGUGUUGAUGCAGUUCUCAAAUGGCGUCCUUCCGAUAAGCUCAAAGCGAGACUGCGUUCCACGCCCGCGACACCGAGCUCGCUCGAUUCCAGCCCUCCGCGCGACGUCCCUCUGCUACAACCUGGCAGGAAGCGGAACACGGAGAUGGGAGAGGCUCGCUUUGCCGCCAUCACCACCGUGAUCAUCAUCCUCAGCUACAUCGUCGCCAUGACCGUUUCCAGCCUCGAGGCCGUUCUGGCAUACGUCGGUUCAACGGGGAGCACGUCCAUUUCCUUCAUCCUUCCGGGUUUGUUCUACUACAAGAUAUCUUCACCCGAUUCUCCUCUACAUCAGAAACUCGUAAAGGAGGAAGACGACUACGACUGGCAGAGGAGUGACGAUCCAAGCGACGACUCUGACGACGCCGCCGGUACCGAUGAACAACCGAACCACGAAGGCCAAAACCUACUCAGCAACUCGGGCAUUCUGAGCCUCAGCGGCGUGAGCUUGCUGAAACGGACGAGGAAUUUCCGCCGGAAGCUGCUCCGCAGGCUGAGCCUCGCGUUGGCCAUCUACGGCAUAUGCGUCAUGGUGGUGUGUUUGAUCACGAAUACCUUUUUCAUUGUUGCGCACUGA